AUGCGUCCACAGGACAAUUCUAGCGUUGAACCGCUCAUUUUUGAUAGUGAUAUGGGAAGCCUAGACGAGGAGAGCGACCUUCGCUACUUCAAUCCGUCAGUGCUGCGCGCCUCUCCGCCCACUGGCCUUGAGCUCGACGACCUUUUCUUGCGUCCCCCGAGUACCACACAAAUGUCUGAUGCAUUCUCCGAUUUGACAUCGAAGGCUCCUCGGACUGUACCGCCUGACGCCACAGACUCAAAAUUAUCACCUCCUGGUGCUCGAUCAGAAUCUCCAGAAGACUCCAGUAAUGGCUCGCUAAGCGGCUCGCCUUUUUGCCAUGGUCGAAAUACGUCUUUUGUUUCAAGUUCAUCUGAAGUAUUCAGCCCUAUAACUAUUGAGCCGGAGAAGUUGUUUUCGACCUGGCCUACUCCCGCGGCUCUUUCUCUCGGAGAUAGUGCCUUCGAUGGCAUAGAUAGCUCGGCAACUUUGUUGGCUAAAGGGGAAUGCCGUACCGAUGCAGAAAUUGCAAGGAGCAAUAAGAUGAUGGAUUCUGCAUUUGAUUUUGAUAGUGCCGCUAGUAGCCCUAGCCCAUUAACCACUGAACACGCUUUGGACGCAAAGCACAUCACUUUAGGCUCAGGGGAAAUGGUGAACACAGGAAAGCCGAUAUGCAAGGUGGACACAUCUUUACCAACGCAAACUGCUUCUCCCUUUAUUUUCAAGCAAGCGCCUGAUAUGUAUUCUGCAUAUUCUAAACAGCAAAAUGGGUUUAGGUUUUGGACAGGCGUCCCACCUCAUAGUGAAUUAAAAGGGCCUUUUGGUGGUAUCAAGAUGAAUGGUGCAUCCCCAUUGAAUGCCACGUUAUCUCCAAGCUUGAAUUUUAAAUAUUCGAAUGGACUUGACGCUGGAAGCUACCACUCAGCGGCCGUUUUUCCGAUGGGCGAUUCAAAUCCCAUGUUUCACCCUGCUUUUCCGCUAGAGAGCUAUAUUCCCCCACAGCUAACGGUUCACCCUACGUCCUUAAAGUCCCGCGUGGAAACACAGAUACCAAUAAAAUUGACAUUGCAUCCAAUGCCGCGUGGAGUCAAGAAAUUGCGCCUUCCUAGCUACACGAUUUCAAAACCGAAAUUCUUUGCAAAACCCGAAACAACAUCGUGUUCUCCUGAUACAUUUGAUCUUAGCGUCGCUGUUGUUUGUACUAGUGCGAUGCAAGAUGAAGAACGGAGGCAAAGAGCUUUUGCUAGAGCGCGGGGCGAGCAAUUAUCCCCAAAGACUUCGAAAAAGGAGGACAGUAACGAGGACCUGCAGAAUGACGAAGAUAGCCCUCUAAAAGGUGGCGAAGUCAAGAUCUGUCCUGGUUGCAUUCAGCGAGAACGGAAACGAGCGUCUCGAAAGAAGCAAAGGAAGCCAGAGGAAGAUGAAAUGUUUCAAAAAGACGAAGAUAAGCGAGUAAUUGUUUUCAAUACCACUGAGAUAAAAGAUUGGGUUGACCCGCCGAGGGCGACUUCUCCCCUUGGUGCAGAUGCAAGUUCUCCUACACCUCUCUUAGGAUCAAUGCAAGUCGAACUGCCAAUGAGAAUUGCUUGUUAUUGCCGGCACCAAGGGGAAAAACUGGGAUUUCAGGUCAUAUUUACUAUCAAGGACUAUACGGGGGCCGUGAUUGCCCAGCAAAUGACCAAUUCCAUAAUGAUUACUGAUGACCACAAGACUCAUGCCCCUGCAAGUCAAAUCCCAAUAAACCCGGGGCUAUCGGAUGCUUCAAACGGCAAACUCUUCACGAACGGCUCUAUAGAUAUGGGCAAACAGUUCGUCCAUCAGGUUCCAUUCAAGUUAUCCCAGUCAGCGACGGAUCUACAAGCUCUUCGAAAGCAGCACUAUACUCCUGUGACUGGGCCUCUUGGAAUAUCUCAAGCCACCCAUUCAGCACUUGGCACUUCUAGUUCUCGUGGCUUGUCAAGGCAAGCUCCCUUAGCGGAUGUGCACGGACCAUCGCCAAAACGAAGAAAGCCGAGUACUGUUGCUAAAAUUCCUAGUGGUGUUGUUGCCUUGACUAAAAUGGAACCUGCUGUAUCGACAACAACACAAAAGCCCGGAUCCUCUUCAUCCACACCUUUGCAGCCACACGCAAUUCCAGCAAAAGUACAACAUGAACAACAGCCCUUCGUGAUGCCUUCUUCUAUGGUAACCCAAUUUGGAAAUGGCCCACCGACGCCAAUCACUACAGAUUCGGCUUUUUUUAGUCCGAGAAGCCAGCCUCAGAACCUUGACACUUUCUCGCAGCAAUCUCUCAUUUCGGCCCCGAAUUCAGCCCAACCUAGCCGCCCUGGAACUCCCAGUGGAUCUUCGCGUCCAGACCCUCAAGACCAGACAGUACAUACUAUUCAAAACACAAAUUUGCCACCUCAAAUGUGGAGUAUUCCGCCCAACCCACCCCAGCAAAUCCCCCCUAUGAUCCAUAAACUCAUUCCAGGAGAAGGCUCAAUUAUUGGUGGCAGUGAAGUGACAAUAUUGGGCAACGGGUUCUUUCCCGGCAUAGAAGUUGUUUUUGGUGAUACUUUGGCAACAGCUACUACAUUCUGGGCAGAUAAGUGUUUGAGUUGCGUCACUCCACCCGCCGUGCAGGUCGGCUUUGUUCCAGUUGUGUUCAAGCAUGAACAUCCACACUUUGGUCAAGUCCAGUCAACGCAGUCAAUGAUACCUAAACAGCAAAUUUUGUUCCGGUAUUUUGACGACCAGGAACACCAAAUAUGUCGUCUUGCAUUAAACAUCCUGGCACAGAAACUUGGAAAUCCAAAUGAUGAUGCCUAUCAAACCGCUCAACGGAUCAUGGGGCGCGACCCAGGUCGUUCGUGGAAUUACCAAGGCGGCUUUCAAAAUGGGCAGCAACGAGGUGGUAAUUCAUCUUCGCAGGGCGGCAACAUGUCGGAAUUAGAUGCGAAAAUGCUUGUUUACCUCGAAUUCAUCGAUCUAGAUGAUACGCCCGGCGCACCAAAGUUUAAUCUUCAGUCGACCUCUGGACAAACUCUUCUACACUUUGCUUCAUCGUUAGGUCUUACCCGUUUUGUUGCCGGAUUACUUGCGAGGGGUGCUAGCCCUGAUGUACAAGAUAACAAUGGAAAUUCACCGCUUCACCUUGCAGCAAUCAGUGGUCAUACCCAUAUUGUUCACCGCCUACGACUCUCUGGUGCCAGCGCUGCAGCACGUAACUUCCGUGGGUUUACGCCUGCCGAUCUCGCUUCCUCGUUAGAAGCCCAUCAAGCCGUUCUUGUUCCUCCCCGACACUAUCGGUCAAGGAGUGUUGGUUCAACAUCAUCGAUGCGUAGGGGCUUGAGCUCUGGAUCCCUGAACGAAUUCUGGGAAUCGUCUUUAUCGAACGAAUCCACCGAUUCUACAAGCGAAAUAUCUCUAUCUUCAGAUGAUGAUACUGUUGGAAACAACACUGACAACGUCGCGGUGGACCCUGUGUAUUAUUCUCUGUCGAAACAGCCGAGUAGCACCCCACAUCCCCAGUCUGGUUAUUGUAUUCCAAGCGCUGGAGAAAGCGCCGUUGACUUACCUGAAGCUGUAGCAACGACAGAGAAUGUUCCAGACGCAGACGUUGGGAGAACAUUUUCAGCGCCAGCGGCUCUUCUUGCUUGGCGUAAUCAUCUCGCCGGCCAGAUCAACCACUUCCAGCAGAGCGUGAACCGUGUAUUUCCCAACCUACCCGCAUUGCCUCCGAUGCCUACGUUACCCGACUAUCAAACACAUCCGAUGAUUCAGCGUAUCAGUUCUCUUGUUCCACAUCGCCCUACUACAUCCUGGUCUACCAACAUCAUGAAGGACAGCUGGGACCGAUUGACUGGCAACUCAUCGCCGCCUGCAUAUGAAGAGCUAUAUCCAGGUGGAAGAACUGAGGAGGACCACGAAGUAAAAAAGUCGUCGAUCGUUGAAGCGGCUAUUGAUGCUGUAUUAGACCGACAUUUCGAAGAACAGCCCAAAGCCACAUCAUCUGCUCCCCCCUUGUCAUUUUCUGCUUCUAUAAACGACGAAGUUGAACUCGGUGAUGUGCGCAUCGGACGAAAGAGUAUCUCAAGACAUCAACAAGAACAGCUUCGAAAAGCUCAUGCAUUGAAAAUGAAGAAAAUAAAUAGUGACUGGAAUUUAUUCUGUUUUUGGGUAAGUAAAAAUGCCUUACCGGAUAUUGCUUAA